GGUUUUCAAGCUGUUACAACAUAAAUCCGAUAGUACCGAAAAGUACCGACUGGUUAUUUUAAUCGGUCUGUUUAUUACUAUCAACAGCUUAUCAGACACAUUCAGAAUAUCAAGAAAUACAGUAGCAUCGCUGGGUCACGAUUAAUGAAAACAGUUGUGUUUCGAACUUAUUGUAUACGUGUUAAGAAAAACAUUGAGUGACAAAAUGACAAACGAAGAGUUGGAAAAUUGGAAAAUUGAAAACGAUAAUUGUGCCAAAGACAUUUCCUUCGACAAAGAGAUACUUUUGGAAAAAACGAGAGACGGAUUUAAGAAAUUCAACGGCGAUGAGGAUGUAGAGUUACUGUGGAGAAUUGCAAGAGCUGUCUUCCUAGCCGGUUGCUUGGCCGAACGGAAAAAAGAUAAGGAAACUCAGAAGAAACUUUUGUUCGAAGCUGAAGAAUGGUGCAACAAAGCAAUUGAAAAAAAUCCGAAUUGUUUUGAAGCUCAUAAAUGGAUGGCUAUGAUACUGGGUAAAGUUGCUGACUUUGUCAGUACAAAAGAACGGAUUGAGAAAGGUAAAGAUGUCAAAAAGCAUCUUGAGCUGGCCAUUGGACUUCAACCGGACGAAGCGUAUCUGUAUCACGUUUACGGACGUUGGUGUUUUGAAGUUGCCAAACUAUCUUGGGUGGAAAGAAAUAUUGCUAAACUUGUGUUUGGUACACCGCCUGAGGCAACUAAUGAUGAUGCGCUGCGUAAUUUUAAAAAAGGUGAAGAGCUAAAGGAGAACUGGAAGAUAAACUACUUUUACAUCGCAAAAACAUUAAUCGAAUUGAAGAAGUACAAAGAAGCAGUAGAGUAUUUAGACAAAGCCAUGAAACUGCCGAACGAGGUGGAUGAAGAUUAUAUAGUGUCGGACGAGCUUGUUGAAUUGGAGAAAAAGUAUGCAAAGUACAGAUAGAUAACUGCAGCUGUGCAAUUAAAUAUGAAUUAUAAAUAAAUGUUUAAUUACGAAU